AUGGCCUCCUACGGGGCCCUGCCUGCCUGCCUGCCGGGCCCUGAGCCAGCCAACCCGAGGAAAGGAGGGGCAGGGGCGGUGGUCACCACACAAAGUGAUGUGGAGCAGGAGAUGAGCCUUCUUGAAGCCAUCGGGGCUGAUGCGGAACUCUCCACCAAGGUCAACACGCCUGACUCCUCCCACCAGUCCGUGGAAUGUUUGCACCUGGAUAAGCUGCCAGGAUGCAGGUCAGAGGCCACAGUGGCCCCAUGCCUGGAAAUCACCCCAUCUUCAAAGCCUCAUCCGCCAGUCGUGGGCAAAGUGACUCAUCACAGCAUCGAACUGUACUGGGACCUGGACAAGAAAGGCAAGCGGCAGGGGCCACAGGACCAAUGGCUCCGGUUCUCCAUUGAAGAAGAGGACCCUAAAACGCACACUUAUGGUAUCAUUUAUACUGGCUACUCGACACAGCAUGUAGUGGAGGGCCUGGAGCCUCGCACCGUGUACCGGUUCCGACUGAGAGUCACCAGCCCCUCGGGCGACUGCGAGUACAGCCCUGUGGUGUCUGUGUCCACUACCAGAGAGCCACUCAGCAGUGAACACUUCCACCGAGCUGUCAGUCUCAACGACGAAGAACUGCUGGUACGGAUGCUCCAAGGAGGCAACAUUCAGGUGGACGUGCCCAACAAAUUUGGCUUCACUGCGCUUAUGGUGGCCGCACAGAAGGGCUACACCAGUCUUGUGAAAAUCCUGCUUUCGAAUGGCACAGACGUGAACCUCAAGAACGGAAGUGGCAAGGACAGCCUGAUGCUCGCCUGCUAUGCUGGCCACCUGGACGUGGUGAAGUGCCUGAGGAUGAGCGGGGCGUCGUGGCAGUCCCGGGACCUGGGAGGGUGCACUGCGCUGCACUGGGCGGCCGAUGGUGGUCAUUGCCACGUGAUAGAGUGGAUGAUCAAGGAUGGGUGUGAGGUUGACUCUGUGGAUGCUGGGUCGGGCUGGACGCCACUCAUGCGGGUCUCAGCUGUGUCUGGAAACCAGGCGGUGGCAUCUCUGCUCAUUGAUGCUGGCGCUGAUGUGAAUAAGAGAGACAAGGACGGGAAGACGCCCCUGAUGGUGGCCGUGUUGAACAACCAUGAGGAGCUUGUCCAGCUACUGCUCGAUAGAGGCGCAGAUGCAAGUGUCAAAAAUGAGUUUGGCAAAGGAGUCCUGGACAUGGCCCGAGUUUUCGACAGGCAGAAUGUCGUGUCCUUGCUAGAAGAGAGAAAGAAGCAGAUGCCCAAGAAGCCACCUACCUGCCACCCUGAGAAACAGGGCCCCACCAAGGCUUAGGCCCGCUUGUGCUAUGAUACGUGCCUCUGCCCUGGGAAACGGUCGCACCGAGGCCUAGGCCUGCCUUGCCAUGAUGCCUGCCUCCACCCCUGGACGCUGAGGCCCAGGUCCGCCCCACGAUUCACAGGCCCGGCUCUGAAAUACAACUGUUAACCUUUAACCUGUCAUCACUGAUGGCUUAUGGACAGGGGCUUGCAUGCCCCUGCCUCUCCACUUUGCUCUCUCCUCUGAGCCUGCAGGAUCCUGGACA